GACUGCUGCGCUCAAGCAGACCACUCGCACUUCCACGACGGCCAUGAUCGCAGGUCUCCUCUAACAUCGCUCAUUCCUGCCACAUCACAUAGCGCACAAGUCACAAGGGUCGGUUGAUCAAGACAUUGCUCUCGCUCAGGUGAUCAGCGAGCAAAGCGCGUUGGGAACACCCACUCACGUUUCUAGCAAAGCGCCAAAGAGCCCGGGCUGAUUGGUCGCACCCUCACCCACAACGAGCAACUUCAACCAGCAAGAAGCAAGCGUCUGCAAUUUGGCUAUAGACCGUACUGCGAGCGACAAUCACGUGAAUUGCCAGAUCUUUCUCGUCGAUAGCGUACCGCCAAAGAUGCCAGCCAAACGCGCCGCCUCUAACUCAGCAGCGACCUCCGCGUCAGCCAUUCCCCCGCGGGCUUCUUCCGCUACCGCUACCACCACCACCACCACCACCAGUACAUCCCCAGCAAGCUCUUCCAGCACAGCUUCGCCGCUACAGACUCUCGGCAGGUCUUACGUGGAUGCUACACCUACCAGGUUGAAGCUGAUCGAUGCGUUCAUGACCUUCUUGGUCAUUAGCGGCAUCAUCCAGUUCGUCUAUUGUUUCCUCGUUUCCGAUUUCCCUUUUAAUAGUUUUGUGGCCGGCUUCGCGAGCACCGUCGGUCAAUUCGUGCUUCUAGCAGCGCUACGUAUCCAAGCCAACGAAUCCAAUGCUUCCGACUUUCCCAAAUCUUCUCCCGAAAGGGCAUUCGGCGACUUUCUCUUCUCCAGCAUCGUUUUGCACUUCUUCGUCGUCAACUUUCUGGGCUGAAUAUUCCCAAAAAAAGGGGGGCGCAGAUUCAUGCGCAUCGCUGUCUGAUCAAAUGAACACUACGUCACACUGUUCUAGACGUCCCACAACUCGUCCAUGUGCGUGCUUGCAAACAAGUGUGCGGCGUUGCGGGCCCAGCCGCUGGCCAAGUCAGACGAGAAGGGUGCGCGCCCCCCAGACGAUCUUGAGCCAUUCAAAUUGAGAUUAACGGUGAUUGGACAGCUCGACAGCUCGACUUGGGCACACUCUUGCUCGCGGUGCCUGCUACGCUGCACAUCAUUUUUCAGCCAAACGAUGAUUCUUUCGCAUGGGC